CUUAGGUGGUAAAGUGUGCAGAAGGAUAGCCGUUGGAGCCGACGGCAUUUCUGAAGCUGCUGCUUCGUUUACUCCGCCAAACACUCCCUUAUUUUGAUGCAUGCUCUUCUCCACCACCACAACAACCGCUUCCCCCUUCACCUCAUUCGCUUUACUCCUCGCUCCGCCGCAAUGAGUUCCGCAAUCGCGCUAUCCUCGAUUUCUCUCCGAGACCCCAAUUCCUUCAGGAGCUCCGUCUCUCUGAGCUUCAGAAAUGAGACUAGGAGGGUUUCGCGGUCGAAUUUGGGGAAAUAUAGGGUUUUCAUGAGCGUCGCCGUCGGAUCGGAUGCGGCGGUCGUUGAUGACGCACUCUUCAAGGACUACACGCCUUCUACUGCUUUCCUCUUCCCCGGCCAGGGUGCGCAAGCCGUUGGAAUGGGGUUGGAAGCUCAAAAGGUGCCUGCUGCAGCUGAAUUGUACAAGAAAGCUAAUGAUAUUUUAGGAUAUUCACUCUGCUUAGUCCUUACCUUGGUCAUACUCACAAAUUACUUGUUCUCACAGGGAAACUAUGCUGUCUCUGGAGGCCUUAAAGGAAUUGAAGCAGUUGAAGCAAAGGCGAAAGCAUUUAAAGCUCGAAUGACAGUCCGGUUAGCAGUUGCUGGAGCUUUCCACACAGGUUUCAUGGAGCCUGCCGUAUCAAGAUUAGAAGCCGCUUUGGCAUCGACUGUAAUCAGAAAACCCAGAAUACCAGUCAUAUCCAAUGUUGACGCAGAACCACAUGCAGACCCAGAGACGAUCAAGAAAAUACUUACUCGCCAGGUGACUUCUCCUGUCCAAUGGGAGACAACCGUGAAGACAUUGUUGAGCAGAGGCUUGAAAAAAGGCUAUGAAUUAGGACCUGGGAAGGUCAUUGCUGGCAUUGUGAAAAGGAUGGACAGAGGUGCUGACAUUGAGAACAUUGGUGCCUAAUCAUAAUAUCCCAUGCUACUUCUUCAAGACGAUUUUUGCCAAAAUCUCUCUGCGUAUACAAACAAGACUUCGUACAGCAGAUAGGAUCUUGAGACCAACGUCCAACGUUGUGAUUUCAGAGACCCAACCAGAUUUAUCUGUAGUUUCAAAUUUGAAAAUUUAGCUAGAACCUAGAAGCAAUAGAUGGUACUGAUAUUUUGAAAUUCAUGACAGUUAUUUGUGGAUGAUUAACUUUACCCACCCUUUUUCAUUAUUGGCAAUUUUUGGCACCAA